AUGCCACUAGAUGCCGAUACAAUUCCCAAUGAAUCUGGUAAAUCUCCCGAAUUGGACUAUCGGCACGAGCUGAUGGGUCGUUUACAUAAAAUUGAACCAGACGUUGAACUUGAAGUAUUAUCUACGCCACAUAAUCAUCAUAAUAGUCACCAUCUGCAUCAUCAUCACCAUCAUCAUCACCACCAUUUGCAUCAACAGCAUCAGCAACAGCAACACAAUCUCCAGCAGCAAUUAUCCACACAUAGCAAUCAUAAUAAUGGCAAUAGUAAUAAUAGUCAAUUGGAACAUUGGCAACAUCAACAUCAACACCAGCAACAACAUCAGCAUCAACAACAGCAUCAUCAGCAUCAUUUGCAACAUCACAAUAGCAAUCAUGAGCAUACGCCAUUUACACAACCCCCGCCACCGCCACUCAACACCACACAAACACAUACAACAGCCAGUGAUAAUCCCGCCAGUUCACCUAAUUCCAAUUCAAAUUCAGCUUACAGCUGCGCCGCUUACGAUGGCACGUCAACAACAUUUGAUGUUGCCAACGCGGCGUACGCAGCAACAAAUGCGGCGGCAAGUGAAAAGGAAUAUUUAUUUGAAACCAAAAACAAAGAGGCUCUCUGCAAUCCAUACUCUGACAUUGAUGAUCCAUACCAGCGUCCGGCAUUGUGGGAAGAUAUUGCCAGCUCAAUACAAAAUAUUGAUCCAGAAAAUGCUUUAAUGUUAGGCUCAAAUUCAAGUAAUGCGCAGGUUUCGCUAGCAACUAAUCCAACUGCCAACACAUUAUUGCCGCAAGUCAAAAUGGAAGCAAUCGAUGAUACUUUGCUCGAAACACUCUCGACACCAUUGCUCAGUCCUAUGGAAAUUAAAACAGAGAAACCAACAUCACUACAUCAACAGCAUACACAUUUGCAGCAGCAACAACAUCAACAACAGACACAUCAUACUUAUCAGCAUUAUCAACUACAUCAGCAACAUUUAUACCAACAUCAUCCUAGUUUGGUUGGUAGUGGCGCCGGUAAUACCGGCAGUGGAGGUGGUGGUGGCAACAGCAGUAAUGAUGAAACCAUAACACUUUUGCAAUUACAUCAGCAACAGCAGCAGCAACAACAACAGCAGCAGCAUAUUGCUGGCACACUAAAUAGCAAUAGUAAUAGUCCUAUACAAUCGAUACGUUGCAAUAGUGCGGCUAGUAAUCAUAAUGCGGAAAACAACAGUGCCAGCAAUAACAUUGUCAAUGGUGAUAAUAGCAGUAACAUUUCCUAUCAACAAUAUGCAUCUCAACAACAUUUAAAUAGUAGCAAUAAUUAUCUUAAUGGCGGUAUAGCAAGCACAAGUGCAACAUUAACUACAUCAACGACAUUAACGAACUUAACAUCAUUUCAUCCUAAAUACCAAAUACCACCGCCAUUACAAAACUCAAGCCAACAACAACAACAAAAUCCACAAUUAUGCCCACCUGCAGCACCGUCAAUGUCAACAAGACAUAUGUUCGUACCGCCACUAACGCCGCCUAGCUCAGAUCCCGGAAGUCCGGGUAGUUCUAUGGUUGCUGCUGCAGCAGCCGCUGCACAAGCAGCUCAACAACAACAAUCACAAAACCGUCGUACAACUCCGCCACCUCCUUAUGCACAACAACAACAACAGCAGCAGCAACAAUUGCAACAACAGGGUCAUCCACUUUCAACAAUUUGUCCCAAUAUCAUAACGUUACACCCCUCAAAUGCUGCUGCUAUGGUGCAUAACUCAGUGCACCAUUUAAGUCCGGGGCGUACACUGACCACACUAACCUCGAAUGGCGGAACGAGUAGUACAUCAGCGAUUGGCAGUAGUAAUGCGCCUAGCCCCACGGACACCAAUGACAAUGAUUCGGCUAAAAGUGACAACUAG